CCCCCGCCACAGGCACGAGCGGAGCAUCUGAGAGACCGAGACUCUCAGACCAGACCUCACGAACAUCCACCAACCUCUGACCAGAGAUCUGGCAGGACGUUGGCCACGAGUUUGCCGCUCAAGAACUAGAGACCCUGAAAAGAAGCAUCGUCGCGAUGGCGUUAAGUCGCGUUGAUGGACACGACGAGCUCUACGUAGGCGGCAUCUGGGCUAUGCGCCGCUCCGACUCGCUCGCUGAGCGGCACAUUACGCAUGUCCUGUCCAUGGUAGGGUUCAAUCAGUCCAGUCUCAAAAACUUCAAGGAUGAGCCGUGGACGCACUAUGGUCGCAACUACGAGCACCUCGUCAUCGACAUUGACGAUGUGGACGACACAGAUCUUCUGAUCGAGCUUCCCCGUGCGGUCAAGUUCAUCGAUGGCGGGUUACGAGCAGGCCAUGCUAUAGCGACCAAGGCAGCAUUGGGGUCCAAGACGAUGGAAGAGGGGCUCGAGGCUCUAGAUGUAGGGAAUUCUUCCACGGGCAAGGAGUCCGAGGCGGUACCUGGCGGUGUAUUUGUGCACUGCGCCGCAGGCAAGUCCCGCUCAGUGGCUGUUGUGAUAGCCUAUCUGCUGUGGCGGCAUCCUAACCUUUUCGACCCCAACAUUGUCGGGAGUCGAAAUAGCAAGCUUCACGACGCGCCUGCGUCAAACGAGUCGCGCUCGCGACGCCAGACGGCCAACGAGGCAGUACACGCGGCAUUGACCCAUGUACAGCGCACGAGACCCAUGGCCGAGCCCAAUGAUGGAUUCAUGAGCCAACUCGAGCUGUGGUGGGAGAUGGGCUGCCCUGUCGAGGGUGAUAUUGAGCAGCACCCACUAUACCAGCGAUGGGCGUAUCGUCGAGAAGUGGAGGAGAAUGUGGCCGUGGGUCAGGCACCGCCACGCUUACGCUUCGAGGACGAGGUGGCCGCGGGCGACAAGCCCAGCGAGCAGGGCGGUCUGAGUCUACGAUGCAAGAAAUGCCGAAAGACUCUUGCGACAGCGCCGUACAUUGCCCCACACAGGCCAGAGGGCCCCGGUGGUAGUAUAGCGCAGUGUCAACAUCACUUCAUCGAGCCGUUGGGCUGGAUGCGGAGCGAGCUCGAAAAGGGCGAGCUCAAUGGGCGACUGCAAUGCCCCACGCCACGGUGCGGUGCUGGCGUAGGCAGAUACGACUGGAAAGGGUUCAAGUGUUCGUGCGGCGCGUGGGUGACACCGGCCUUCUCGCUGCAAAAGGGCAGGGUGGAUGAUGUUGUGGUUAAGGGUCCAGCCACCGCCACGAGUGACGCGGCGCGCAAGCAAGACUUAGGGAUACGCAUGCCGCCGGGAGCUCGAGGGGUCAAUCUGUGAUGAUCAAAGCCACGGAAUUCGAAUCGAACACUUUGCCCAACUUGGCCAAAGAUGAUCAUCUCUCCUCCUCCCCCAACGUGUUUCCGCUUCGGCAAGAUUUGUGACUUAACAAGAUCGGCAUAUGUCCUGCUGCCCGGGU